AUGCCAGAGCAACUCCCUUCCCGACCUGCAAAUGGUCAAGACGUCAACCCGCCCAGCGAUGUCGAAGCCCCCGAUGCUUCCUACCAGCUCCGUGACACCAACCUCGCUGCCUACGAGGAGAUGAUCCAGCGUCUUCGAGAGCUCCGGGACCAAUACGAGGUGUCGGAAAAGCUCCUCGGGAUGCUUCGAAAGGCGCAGUUCCAGCGAGAGCAAACCCUGAAACAAAUCGACAAGGGGAUCACCACGAUGGAGAGAUUCUCAAAGGAGAUUGAAAGGAUGGUCAAGGAGGAGAUCGAGCGUCGCUCGAACGCGCAUGAAGGACUCCGAGAAUGGAUUGAGGCGAUCGACAGAAUCCAGGGAAAGAAGGAUUCCGACGAGUCCUCGGCAGAGGCUGAGGAGUAG